AAAAACAAUGCACCACCGUCCGCCGCCGCCGCCGCCGUCGCCGCCGCCGCUGCCUGUUACUCAAGGGCGCAUUUGAUAACAAUGCGAAAUCGUCUGCGUUUCUCUCGCACGGUUCCGUCGUCGGCGAAUCACACGGUGCCAGUCGGAGAAUCGUUUGCCGCGGACCAGAGCCACGACUGUCGCCGCCGACGGCCAUCGCGAGGUGCAAACUGAGGUGCCUGAAAGAAAAUCGCCGCACGAUAACGCGUGUGUUACCGGUUGCGCCGCGGCGAUAGCAACAGCAACGGCAGCGCCAACCACAGCAACAGCAUCAGCGACAGCAGCAACAGACUACGGCGCCCGUGUGGUGGUCGCGAACUCCUCCGCCGCCACACCCGUCCGACGGUUAUAUCCGGCCGUACGUCGUUCAUAUAAUCUAACCUAACCUCUCCGUGGUUGUCCGGGUACGUGUUCACCACCCAUAUCGUUUGAUAGCUAGUCGUUCCGCUCGUACGGAACCGUUUGGAUACCACAUCCAUCUACACAACGUCCAUCGGUCCACAAACCGACAGGGAAACGCACUGCCAAAACACAAGGAAUAUGCCUUCGGUAUGGGAUCCAAAGACUGUCAAUGGCCAAAAAAUGAAUCCAAUGUCCAGAUAUCACCAGGUCGCCAAUUGCGAUCACAUGUUUUUCAAUUAUGUCCAAAUUGUAAUCAACCUAUUCAAGGUAAGACUGGGCAGCAAAAUGUUUGUGUGUGUUUGUCUUCCACCCCAACUACAACGAGCGAUUCUGCUUCUUCUAACCAAUCAAAAAAAAGGAACAGAAAAACUUUACAAUUACCAGCCACAUGUAAACGUCAGCUGUUUGAUGAAUGUUAUGAACAACCUGAAAGCACGGUGAGUAUAGCAGAUACCCAAAAACUAACAGUGGCUGAGGGUACGGAAAGUGGUGAGAGUUCAAAUACUUCUAUACAACAGUUGCAACAACAACAACCUGGAGUCAAUCAGAUGUUGAGAGGUCGACACAUAUGUCAAGUAUGUUUUAAGUCGUUUACUAGUCCAUGUAAAUUGACACAACAUUCUUAUUCACAUACUGGUGAAAAACCAUUUGUGUGCAAACAUUGUUCAAAAGCAUUUUCUUCAAAAUUUAAACUAGUUCGUCAUGUAUUAAUACAUUCUGACCAACGUCAAUAUCAUUGUACAAUUUGUGAUCGUACGUUUCACAGGAAAGACCAUUUAAAAAAUCAUGCCAAAGUACAUAAUCCCAUUAAACGGACUUUACAAUGUGAUCGCCCUGGUUGCUCAAAAGAGUACAGUUCAGUGCUUAGUUACCGUAAACACAUAGCUGUACAUUCUGUAGAAGAAGGAUUCCUCGACUGUAAGAUUUGUAGUAAAGUAUUUGAAUCCAAAGAUGAACUCAUGUACCACUUGAAAAUACAUUCAGGAUCGAGAGUAAUAAAGACUCCAGCUGAUAAGAAAUAUCGAUGCAAUUUUUGUGACCGUAGUUUUUACACUGGUAAGGAUGUUCGUCGACAUAUGGUUGUGCAUACUGGUCUGCGAGAUUUCCUAUGUCAGUUUUGCCCACAACGAUUUGGUCGUAAAGAUCAUCUUACUCGGCACAUAAAAAAGAGUCACAACAUCAAUGCGAGUAAAAAAUCCAAACCAAAAAAACCAACUGAACUGUACAAAAGUAAAUCAGUUGAAGCAGUUUAUCUUGAAACAUGUGGUCAGCCAUAUAAGUUAGAAAGGAAAGUAGCAGAAACAGUUACUAGUGGAGAUUUCAUAAAACAAGAAAAUCCAACAGUUUCUAGUGGAGAUUUCAUAAAACAAGAAAAUUCUUCUACAAUGUCAGAAAUAGAAAUGUUCCAUUCAUCUAAUAUAACUAGUUUUAAUUAUAGUGAAAAUAAUAGUGAGACAGUUAUUCAAACUGUUGGAUCAUCCAGUGAAGUAAAUUUACCAGUUAUAAGCUAUGAACCUCAAGCGUCAUAUCCAGUCGAUGAACUGAAAGUAUUUGAUACUACCUUGACCAACCAGCUAGCAGACAAUUACGAAGAGUCAACCAACCCUGAAAUGCCUGGAUUAUCUCAACUGAUUACUUUGAUACCAUCAUCUUCAACACUAACUAAUAUCGAGCCUAAUCUUUCAAUGCUGACAAGUCACGAACCAACUAUUUUGCCUACUCAACAUGUGGUUGUACAUGAGCCGACACAACUUCAAGUUGGUGAAUACCUUACGUCUUCAUCAGAAAUACUGUCCGCUCUUUUACGACAAACUUCUGAAACAGGUACUACACCGUUACCAGGGUUCAAUCAAGUUUUUCAUCAACAACAAUAAUAGUUCCAUUAAAAAAAACAUUAUGUAUAUAUUAUUUAUGUAUAUACAUAUUUAUCUAGUCAGUCAUCCAUAGUAGUUCAUAUACAUUUACCUUUCCAGAUUAUAUAUUUAUUUUAGGUACAAACCUUAUUAAAAAUAAAUUAUUUUUGACUAAAUAUUUAAAACUACAAUUGCGCUUUAUACCUUUACUGACUUACUACAGUAACAUAAUAUAUAUAUAUAUAUAUAUAUAUAUUUUACAUUUAUAUAUAUUAUACAUAUUAUAUUCCUUCAUGUCAGAUAUUUUUGUAGAUUGAAUGAUACCACUUGUCAUUUUGUCAAUAUGCUGUCUGCAACCAAUACGUAGUGUAAAGUCAAAAAAUAUAUAUUAUAAUAUAUAAUCUAGUCUUCAAACAAUGCAUACUAUGUUAGCGUUAUGUUUCAAUAGUUUCAGUGUGUUAUUUUUUUACAGAGAAUUGUUAAAAUAAUUUUAUUACAUAUUAUAUUUAUUUAUGUAUAACAUAUGCAAAUAAAUAAUUAUGUGGUUUGUUAAAUAAUUUUAUAUUUUAUUUAAUCUUUUGUAAAUAAUGUUUAUUAUAAUUUACGGAUAUAAGAUUAAGAUUGCCGUUGUCAAUAUUAUACCAAAUCAUGUUCUGAAGAAGAAUGACCCGGCCAAUAAACCAUUUUAGUUUUUUUUAACUUUUAUGGGCAUGUUAUUAUUAUUAUUAUUUUUUUUUUUUGGGGAUAAUAAUAUUAAAAAGGAAAUACUAUGUUUUUGUUUUCAGAUCGUAAAUUUGAUUUUAUAUUUUGUGUGUAUGUUAUAACGGGGACCAAAACCAGUACUCAUAAGUUCCUAGUGCUACACAUCUAAUUGUUGUAAAUAACAUAUAAAUAGUAGUGGUAUAAUGUAUGUUAUUGCACAAUGCUAAAAUAAACAUGUUACAACCGUGA